AUGUUCCUUGUGCCUAGAGCUUUCUCUCUAAUUGCCAGGCCGGCAACCAGGUCCUUUGCCAGCACUGCUCUCCGCUCUUAUGCGGCUGCAUUUGACCGUACCAAGCCACAUUUGAACAUCGGUACCAUCGGCCAUGUCGACCACGGGAAAACUACGCUGACUGCUGCCAUCACAAAGACUCUAGCCGUGAAGGGUGGCGCCGACUUUCUGGACUAUGCUGCCAUCGACAAAGCCCCUGAAGAGAGAGCGCGUGGUAUUACCAUUUCCACCGCCCACGUUGAAUACGAGACGGACAAGAGACACUACUCGCACGUUGACUGUCCAGGUCACGCCGAUUACAUUAAGAAUAUGAUUACCGGUGCCGCGCAGAUGGACGGUGCCAUCAUUGUUGUUGCCGCCACUGACGGCCAAAUGCCUCAGACUAGAGAGCAUUUGCUGCUAGCCAGACAGGUCGGUGUGCAGGACAUCGUGGUAUUCGUCAACAAGGUUGACACCGUGGACGACGAAGAAAUGUUGGAACUUGUGGAAAUGGAAAUGAGGGAGUUGCUAACACAAUACGGAUUUGACGGUGACAACACCCCUGUUGUGAUGGGUUCUGCUUUGUGCGCUCUCGAAGGUAAGAGACCCGAGAUCGGCGAGCAAGCCAUCAUGAAGCUUCUAGACGCUGUUGACGAACACAUCCCAACCCCACAGAGAGACCUGGAAAAACCAUUUUUGAUGCCUGUUGAGGACAUUUUCUCUAUCUCCGGAAGAGGGACUGUUGUUACUGGUAGAGUCGAGAGGGGUAACUUCAAGAAGGGUGAGGAAGUCGAGAUUGUCGGCCACAAUGCUCAACCCUUGAAGACCACUGUUACUGGUAUUGAGAUGUUCAGAAAGGAAUUGGACAAGGCUAUGGCCGGCGACAACGCUGGUAUUUUGUUGCGUGGUGUUAGAAGAGACCAGCUGAAGAGAGGUAUGGUUCUGGCCAAGCCUGGCACUGUCAAAGCGCACACCAAGUUCCUAGCAUCUCUAUACAUUCUCUCCAAAGAGGAGGGUGGUAGACAUUCUGGCUUUGGUGAAAACUACAGACCUCAGAUGUUCGUCCGUACUGCCGACGUUACCGUGGUUCUAAAAUUCCCAGAGGCUGUUGAAGACCACUCCAUGCAGGUCAUGCCUGGCGACAACGUUGAGAUGGAGUGCGAGCUUGUUCAUCCUACUCCUUUGGAAGCUGGUCAGCGCUUCAACAUUAGAGAAGGUGGUAAGACCGUCGGCACCGGUUUGGUGACUCGUAUUAUCGAGUAA